AUGGCAUCCAAGUUCUUUGUACUUAUUUCGGCCCUCGUAGUUGCGGCCCAAUGUUCAGUGAUAAAAGUGGAUAAUGACGUCUCCAGCUUCUCAUACGAUGUCGCCGAUCCCAACACUGGUGACUACAAGAGUCAAGUUGAAACUCGCUCCGGUGGGGUUGUGAAGGGACAGUAUUCCCUGGUGGACCCCGACGGUACUAGACGUGUAGUAGACUACACAGCUGACGAUGUGAACGGAUUCAACGCGGUUGUGCGUAAAGACCCACUGGUAGCCGCUGCACCUGUUGUUGUUCCUUCCGUUGUUAAGUCGCCAGUUGUCUACUCUUCUGCAUCCCCAGCGGUUAUCUCUCGUUCGUACGCUGUACCAUCGGUAUACUCCGCUCCUUCAUUAUACCCAGUACAAUCAUUAUACCCUGGAUCUGUUUAUCCUGUGUCAUCAAGCUAUGGCCGUUUUGCAUCUUCCAUUUACUCUCCUUAUGGGUACAGAGCUGUACAACUUAACCAAUGCGUCUCUACUUUCCAGUUCUUUGUACUUAUUUCGGCCCUCGUGGUUGCGGCCCAAUGUUCAGUGAUAAAAGUGGACAAUGACGUCUCCAGCUUCUCAUACGAUGUCGCCGAUCCCAACACCGGUGACUACAAGAGUCAAGUUGAAACUCGCUCCGGUGGUGUUGUGAAGGGACAGUAUUCCCUGGUGGACCCCGACGGUACUAGACGUGUAGUAGACUACACAGCUGACGAUGUGAACGGAUUCAACGCGGUUGUGCGUAAAGACCCACUGGUACCCGCUGCACCUGUUGUUGUUCCUUCCGUUGUUAAGUCUCCAGUAGUCUACUCUUCUGCAUCCCCAGCGGUUAUCUCUCGAUCGUACGCUGUACCAUCGGUAUACUCCGCUUCUUCACUAUACCCAGUACAAUCUUUAUACCCUGGAUCUGUCUAUCCUGUGUCAUCAAGCUAUGGCCGUUUUGCAUCUCCCAUUUACUCUCCUUAUGGGUACAGAGCUGUACAACUUAACCAAUGGUAA